CACUGUAGUAUUGGUAGUCGGGGCAGAUGGUGAAAUUGCGUUUUCACCAUACCUCAGAGCGAAGAAGCAGUGCUGUACAACAAAUGAGGCUAGACAAUAAAAGCGGAAACCCGAAAAGAGCAGCCAUUCGUUUUCAAAAGCUUCUUUUUGUAAGUUCAAAUUUGGAUUCCGCGAAAAAAUGAGUUCCGCUAAGCAUUUUCAACAAAUUCUUGAAAAACUGUUAAUUCCUGAUAAUGAAAGGGCAGCAUAUACAAAGGAUUCGGAGGAAAUACAAAACUACGUUGUUGACGAACUUAAAAGGGUCGACGAUACCUUUCGCCAGGUAUUCGACGGACUCAGUCUAGGCGGAAGUUACUUGGAUUGCGUCAAGCUAAACGUGCCCGAUGAAUUUGACCUGCACAUGAAACUAAAAUUCCCGUAUGAUAUCCAACCGGAACCGAUCGGCGAAGGGUUUGUCCGUUUAAAGGGUAAUUUCCACGUAAUCAGUCCCCAACUCAUCAAUCGUACUCAUCUUCAGCAUUGGCUACGCCUAGCGUUCCGCAAGGUAUUCGAUUCGUAUAAGACAUUUGCCACUACCAGGGGACGAGUCUACAAAUUGAGCUACACUCUUGAGGGGUAUGGUUGUGCCCACACCAUUUUGGCCAUCUCUGGUAGUCGCUCGAUAUCUUUUGAUUUAGUACCGGCAUUCGAAUUCUCUGGAAGCCAAUGGCCGUUUGCUUUUUGCCCGGUUCCUGCUGAGACUCGCGAAAAAUGGGCUUGGUUCGCCAUUCCGCAAAAGAAGACGAAGCCGAAAUGCACAUUCAUGGUUUGUGCUCCACAUUGGGAGCGCGAAAUUAUGAAGGACACGAAUAAUUUGAAGAACGUCCUUCGGCUAAUGAAAGGAUUGCGGGACGCCCACGCCUCGAAGUUGCCUCACUUGUCCAGCUACAUGUUGAAAGCUGUCUUGCUUAAUCGAAUCAAAAGUGCUGACUGGGAAAGGGACUUGGGCACCCUUUUAGUUGAGAUGUGGAGUCAUUUGGUGGAUCAUCUAAGAACUCGGAGGCUGGAGUUCUUUUUGGCAAAGGAUCACAAUGUUCUCCAACGUAUGAAUCAAAAGGAAAUCAAAAAAUGUCUAAUAGGCGCAGAGACUCUGCUACAAAAACUUCGCCUUGCUCAGUCAUAUGGAACCUAUAAUCAUUUGGCCGAACUGUUCUUCUUUCCAUUUGCUUAUUAGAAAAAAUUCGUACUUGCACAAAUGUUGUUUAUUUCCAAGGGCACAGCAGAUAUAAUUGUUUAUAUCCGAUGUUGAAUAAGCAAAUAUCUUGCUGCAUAACAGAACUUGUAAGGGAUAAAUGUUAACUAGAUUGUGCCUAAGCUUUGUUUAAAAAAAUAAUAAAGCUUAAAAUUGAUUUAUCUUUUUUAUAUGUAACUU